UAUUCUUCUUGUCUAAAGGAUCCACAAUGGUCUGGUCUACAAAACUAGAGAGAGAAAAGCUUGGUGAGUGAUCUGGCUAGAUGAGUUCUGACUAUGGGCUGGCACCGAUGGGGAUCAUUCCAGAAACAGCUUUUGAAGAUAUGAUCAAUGUUUUGUGCAAAGCUGGCCGUAUUGAGCAGGCUUGCAAGUUGGCCGAUGGGUUCUUUGUCACCUCCUCAAGUAAGCAUGAGCUGAUUUGGGUUGUUGGAGAACCAGUCUAGGUGUUAGUGGAGUUGGCAAAUCCUUGUGGGUCUAUUAGAAAACAAACACACAAACACCCGAGCUCCGCGAAAACAAACACUUGACGAGUUUCAGAUCUCUGUGAGUAAGAAAAAUCUGGAGAGCUCGUCAACCCAACAAACCAACGAUGCAUUUUGCUGGAGCUCCGAAAGCUGUGUGUUGCACUGCUGCUGAGCUGCUGCGCCGGAGGCUGGUCGCCAAUCUAUGUCUUUGCUGGUCCGGCAUGAGCUGAGGAUGAAGCUUGUGACGUGUCUCCUGGUGCAAGAGUUGACUGAAAAGGAAUCUGAGGAUGGUGUUUUCAAAAUGCUUAGCAUUGAUGUUACGCGGUUCCUAACAACUAUACUUAUUGGCACAACUGUGGUAAACAUUGGAGCAACUACACUUGUCACAAAAGCAGCAAUGUCAAUAUUUGGUGAAGCUGGUGUGAGUGCGGCUACUGGGGUGAUGACUGUUGCUGUUUUGCUCCUCACUAAACUUACUCCAAAAAGUAUAGUCGUUCACAAUGCCACUGAGGUUGCUAGGUUUGUGGUCAGGCCAGUGGCGUGGAUUUCCCUAAAUAUUAUAUCCUGUGGGAAGAGUUGUUACAUGUCUAUCAAGAGUGAAGCUUUGGCAUCUCAAGCACAUCAUCAGUUAUAUGGGUUGUGUUUUCUGGGGAAAGUCUUGUCAGUGGAAAGAGCUAAUAAACCAACAGAGAAUAAUAAAAAUCAACAAGGUGCAGGUCAAUCAGGGAAACACUCUUCAUCUUUAACGAAUGAUUCUACUCCAAACAGAGACCUCAAUGAAGGAUCCAAAUUGGGGUCCUUUUCUGCUAGUGAUCCUAUUGCCGAAAGACUUGGUGUUGACUACCCCUUUCCUCCUCACCUUGAAUAUGUUUUCCUUUUCCCUUUUUGAAUUUUCACAUUUAGUAGGGCUAUAAGGGGGACAUCCACUUAUUUCUAUCACGAGCUUUCCCAUCAUGUCCAACAUUUGUGUUAUGUGAUAUGUCUAUCUAGGCAUGUGGUAGAAGUGGAUUGUUGAGCCUAAAUUUGGGAUAUGGCAUAUGAAGGUUCAUUUCGAAAUUCAAGGUAGUUCAUAUGUGCAAUUGAGCCAAGCAAAGUUAUAGAGACCAAACUUGUCAAUUUUAUACCAUUGCAUAUUUAGUUGGAAUUUGUAGUUGAAGAAGGUGGCAUCAAACUCAACUCAAUUUUGAACCCAAGGUUUUAAACCAUAGUUCUUAAGAUCAAAGUAAAGAGUUUGGGGAGAGUAAUGUUUUGACCGGUGGAGAUCGAAAUCCAACAAAAUUGAAAAUUGAGAUUUUCAACUCGUUUCUUCUUCAAACUUGAGGUACAGAUGAGAUGCUUUCUCCAAGGCAAUAGCGUGGAUGGAGUUUUUGGGAAGCAAGAGCUUCUUAAUUAUGCUUUAUGUGUGUAUGUUUGUUAUUUGUAAAGCCAAGAGCUUAUGACGUAAUCUUAUUGCUAAUCGUGUGUAUGUAUGCUCUAACUAAAUUUUUCAUCUGAGAUUUGAAUUAAAUCGUCAGUACUAUUGCUUUU